AUGUCAGUGGCGUGCGUCGUCACGAAGAAGCUGCGCCGAAGGACAAAGAUCCGAGGCUACCCGACCCCGGCCGAGGAGCAGGUCAGGAGGCUGCAGGGCGAGAACGACGAGCUGAGGCGGGCCCUGCAGGCGGAGCGCGACGUCAACGCCGGCCUGCGGCAGCGCCUCGGGGAGUCGCCGGGCCCUUCGCCCGCCGCUGCGCCGAACCGACGGAGCGACUAUGUGCCCGCGCGAGCGAACGUGACGCUGUCAGGUAGUCUCGAAACCCCGGGCGGCGGCAGCAGCGGCGGUGGGCUACAGAACAAGUCGGCCCUGAUCAUCAAACACAUGGGCCGCCUGGUGCCGGACUCUGUCGGCGGGGAGAGGUUCGCCGGGUCGACGUCGGCCGUCCACUUUGUGCUGUCCGUGCAGCAGGCUCUCCAGAGUCGCCGCAUCUACCAGCUGCCGUUCCCCGAGAGCUGCUUCUGCAUCCACCUCGUGGAGCCGUUCGGUAGCAGCACGGAGAUCCUGGACACGGCUGGGUUGGACCCGGCCCUUCCGGGCUUCAUCUUACAAGACCCGAGGCAAUAUUUCCCUCUGUCGGCUGCAUAUUACUCACAAGAGGUCGACCUUUUUGCUGACGGCUGGGGAUCGUUCUGCCCGAUCGUGGCGACCUCGGACAUCUCAAACUUCUUGCAAAGCAUCCUGGAUGGUGCCGUUUCGGCAUCCCGAGAAAGUAUCGAUGAACAAAUGAGUCUUUUGUUCCAGCUUUGCAUAAUAUUGUUACUGAACAGGGCGAGCGCGAGCGCGAGCACUGAGAGUCGGAACGACUAUGACACGACAUAUCUGCGACUGGUCCGGACCAUGGUGCCCCGGCUCAUCGGCAAGGGCGAUAUGCCCAGUCUGCAGGCCUUGAGUCUCUUCUCGCUCUACCUGCAGGCCACAGGUCAGAUCCUGCUCAUGGCGCAACUGAACGGCAUCCUCGUUCGUCUGGCCCAAUCGUUAGGUCUCCACCGACACUCGAGGCGAUUCAAAUUCGUAGAGGGGCAGGUCGAGAUGAGGAAGCGCGUGUGGUGGUGGGUAUAUAUGUACGACAAGGUGACAUCGAUAGCGCUGGGAUUGCCGAGACUCAUUAUUGAUGCCGACGUCGACGUCGACUUGCCACUGGAUUGUGAGCUGAAUGAAGUCAACACGAAGAGCCUCUCGUAUCCGCUCCCCGGCGAGUCGACCCGGGUGAGCCCAUUCAUUGCGUACAUCCACUUGGGGCGCAUCUUGUACGAAGCACUGAGCGAACUGUAUACGACAACUCGCCGUCGCCACGGCGCCGAGAAGAUCGCCAAGCUCGAGCACGACCUGCAGUCCUGGGAGCAGCGCUUUAAGCACAACAUGAUAGAUCCGGAUCGACAGGCUCCGCACGCUAUGGGGUUGGAAUGCUCUUCCCGCAUGUCCACAUGGAUUUCGGUGAUGGCCAACAUUGUGAGAAUCAUGAUACAUCGACCCGCGCUCACAUUCGACGAGAACGCCCCACCGUUUGCCGAGAGCCUUUCUGCUUGCGUCGAGGCCAGCUCUGCCAUCAUAAGUAUGCUGAGCCAUGGGGAGUAUCGCUCGGAGAUACUCGGUAUCAUACCGACGGGCCCCGGCCUGGUGUUCCAGUGCGGCCUCAUGCUCGUGUAUCACGAGUGCCUGAAGGGGAGUGGGCGCGCGCCUUUCGAGAACAGUUCGGCCUCAAGCCAGCGGCUGAUCGAGAUGUCCAUAAACAUUCUUGACGCCUAUGUCCCAGCUGUGUCUGGAGACCUGGAUAGGAGAGGCAGAGGCAUCGUGUCUGGACAACAACUUGCGGCCGCGCGGCAGGAGGUGGCCGAGCUGCUCCGAUCGCUGGCGUCGAGUCUCCGAGAUGCGGCAGCUCCAGACGCGCCCCAGCUAGCCGCCUCCGAGGGCUCUGGGCAAAUUGCAAUGAGCCCUGCUAUCGUGGGUCAGUUUACCGGCAUGGAUGCGGAUCCGAUGCAAUUCGACUUCCUCGGCGGCCUCGGCGCUCUCGACACGCUCAACCAUUUGGGCCGCCUUGACUGGGUCUUUGACGGCGGCGGGCUGGCCGACUCGGCGAUGCCUUUGGAGUAG